CAGAGCGAUAGAAAAUGGCGAGUCUGUGCAGGAGGCAGCAAUGCACAAUCGACAGGCGCGGCUUUCGGCAGGAACUUGACUCGUGGCGACACAAACUCAUUCACUGUGUAGGUUUUGAGAGUAUUCUCGAAGGUCUCUUUGGCGAAGAGCUGGUAGAAGACCUCAAAUUAUUUAAAGACUUUGAACCUAUAGCAGUGUCUGAUUGGUCAUUCGAUGAAAACUGUCUGUUCUGCUGUUUGAGAAGAGACAAAGUAAAAGAACACUUGAUUGGAUUAAACAAGGAGGGACUUGAAGAUACACCCAAACCCCUCUUGUUAAAAGACCAGAUCACGAUCAGCAGAUUAGAGAAACAAGCCGAGGAAUUUCUCAAUGCAGUCCUCUGCAGAAAAGAUGUGCCAAAUUUCUCAGACCCACACAUUCCAGUAGUGGCUCGAGAGAUUCUUCAGAGAAUGAUCAGACAGUUUGCUGCCGAAUAUACCUCAAAAACCAGCCCCCCUCAGGACAGUCGCUCAGAUUCCCAGCCUCACUCUGACCAAAGCCUGCCAGCCCCACCCUUGCUCUCAGGGGCUCCUCCUCCACCUACCAGCCCCGCUGCCACUCUGGCUGGGCCAGCACACAACCAGAACCCCGUCCUAAGCAAACUCCUCAUGGCUGACCAGGAUGCUCCUCUUGACCUCACAAUCAAGAAGCCCCUGGCUGAGCCCAGUGAACAAGAUGGAGUCCUUGAUUUGUCGCUCAAAAAGAAUCGCUACAGCAGCAGCCUGCCUGUCCAUAGUCCCAGCCUUUCUCCAGCCACAACCAUGCUGAAGGGGCGAUCCUUGAGAGCGGACGGACAAGUCGGGCUGUUUAUGAGGAGCCUACAGGAUGGGAGGAGGAGGGAGAAUUUCGGCCACUCCACCUGUUAUAAGCCUUCCUCGCCUCUUGCAUACUCGCUCCACAUCAAAGAGGAGGCCGAUCUGGAGAGCGACCCAGAGUCACCUCCCAGCCAUAACCGCAACUCCAGCCCCAGUGACCUUUUCAGAGAUGCGCCUGCUUCCUGGAAUUCGAAAACUCAUAUUGGGGCCCUACUCAAACUCAAAACCAGCAAUGAAGCUAGUGAGCACCUUAAAGACAUACCCAGGUUGUUGGAAGCUGCCGGACUUUUGACAAAGUCACUUGCCUACGAGAAAGGAAGCCUCCAGGAGGCCUGCAGGGAUUCCAGCUUUUCCCUUUCUCAUUCAUCAUCUUUUGACCUCAAGAUUCCCCAGGUGCGAGUUUUGGCCACAGGAACCGAACCAGCUUGGGAUUCCAUUUCUACCGAAUAUUCAGGCUCACUUUGUGAGAACGGUCUGAGAAAGAAGCUUUCUUCCAUUCUGCCCAAACAGUUCCAGAAAAAGAGCGGAGGAUUUAAUAGCUCAGGUUUGGAGAAGGAAUAUUGGCCUUUCUCUGCUGACCGCCAAGCCUUGGGGGCAAACUAUCCUAUGGAUUCAGAGUCUGACCUAGCUAACAAGCAACCAAGGAAGAAACGGGGGCGGUAUCGACAGUACAACACGGAGCUACUGGAAGAGGCUAUUGUGGUGGUGAUGGGUGGGAAAAUGAGUGUAUCUAAAGCCCAAUCAGUCUAUGGCAUUCCACACAGCACCCUGGAAUACAAAGUUAAAGAGCGUCUGGGGACCUUGAAACAUCCCCCUAAAAAGAAAAUGAAGCUGAUAAGCCAGGUGGAGGAACAGGGUGUUUCAAAGUCCCCCAAAACAGAAGAAAUCCAAAACUCCCAGCACAUUGUCUCUGAGAAAAAAGAGAGUGCUGAUGAGAGUGGGACUGAUUUCCAGGAUGAAAACCUUUCAUCAAAUGAGUAAUACAUCCAUUACAUACUAACAAUUAUGUACUUUUUAACCAUUGCAUUUGCCAGACAGUGGUAAUAGCGGACUUGGUUGUCCAUAAAUCCCUAAUAGUUAAGUUAUGUAAUUUUAACUCCCCGCUUUAGUCAUUAGUAAAUUAAUAUGUAUGUGUAUGGGCAUCUAUCUUAAACACUCAGAUGUCUUCAUGCAAUACAUAUUGUGCCUAGAAGGCAUGCUUGCUGUUUAAGAAUUUUUUCUAUACUCAAAUUUUAAACUAAUUUCACUUUGUUUGAUUAGGUUGCGCUUUAAAAAUAAUAAUUUGAUGCUCUAUACGUGUAUCUUUUACGCACAGAGCCAAAUGCUUGCCCAAGGAUGUGGCGCCCCUCAGUGUCUCCUCGCAGUACUGGUCAUACGCUCAGGGUGAACCUACAGUUGAAUAUCUGAGUGUGCAGGCCCUGCAAGGAAGCAUAUUUAAUAUCUAUCCAUGCAUCAUGUUUAUGGAGGACCAUACAAGCCACUGUCAUUGUUUUGCAAAUGCACUUGUGUGACUCCACAGGACAUUUAACAGUAUGUCCACACACUAAAAUAUUUAUUAUGUCAAAACACUAUUGUAUAACAAAAAUAUUUAUUUAUUAUUCUAGUCUGUUGGAAUGGCAUAGUCUGUCGCCCUGAAUUUCACUCUCCUGUUCAGUCUCAGUUAUCUUCACGAGCAUGACAGUUUUUUCCCACCUACGUUUUUUUUUUUUUUUUUGGUAUGUUUUUCUCUGCUGUAUGAUUGGUAAUAGUUUUUGUUCAUUGCCUUCACUGCACUCAGGAUAAGUUCAGAUUGGGCUGCAGUACUUGUCAGUCAAAGAAAAUAUCUCUAUCAAAUAAUGCAUUACUGUAUACAUAUAAAUAUACCUCAGCUACAGAUAUGCUCAGCUAAAUCAUUGCCUCAUAUAAGUCACCUCUAACGGGGAAAGAUAGCAUCUAUACCCAAAUAAGCCUUUUGAGGUAACAUUUCAGGAUGUCUUACUGACAAGUGUGCGUGUCCUACUCUCAGAUGUCUUCACAACCUACCUUAAGUGGUUGUCGGUAGCAUUUCAGUGCUCAUGUAAGCCUUCAGAGCAUUUCAGUUCUAUGUGAUUUAGGAUUUAGGGCUCAUAUUUUUCUGAUUUCAUAUACUAUCUCUGGGAUGCGACACAAAAGUAGAACUUUUACUUAUUUUUUUCUCGUCAUCAAAAUACAAAAACAUUGUACUUCUAUACAUAUGUAGAAUACACACACAUACGUACAUGCCUGCUGCAUGUGAUGAAGAAUUGUCUCUUUUGGUCAUCCUCUGUUUUUUUUGUUUGUUUGGUUUUUUUUGAGGAUAAUACUUUGUUGUAGCUUGUUAACAUUCGUUAGCUAGCUGAAUUAGCUAACCUGGUUACAAUCAUGCCUCAAUACACACACACACACCGCCUAUUUCUCAAGGCAAAAAUUCAGUGAAAAUUGUUUUGUUUCAUUGGCUUGAAUUAUUGAAUGUAAAGUAUUACGUCAGGCUGUUUUGCAUUGAAGAGUCUAGUUAUAUUUGAUUGACCAUUAAUGGGUUUGAUUUGCGGGUGCAGUUAGAGACAAGGCCAGACUUACAUGUAUUUUUGUCACUUUGUAAUACUGCAUGGAUAAUGAUUUAAAGUUGAUUGCUGACCUCUAAAACUGGUUUUUAGUUGGGAAGGGAAAAAGAAACAAACCAUAAACAUUCUCAUCUUGAAACCAUUUUGAGAUAUACACCAAAGCUCAGGCUGAUGCCAUUUCUUAAAAAUGUAUACUAAUUUUGGGUCUUGGUCCUUCAGAUUGAAUACAGAAGGCAUGUUCCCAUUUUCAUUGAAUUUUUGCCUGAUUUUUGACUCAGCCUAGUCCAUUGUUGCUCUAACGGGACACCUCAUUGUGCAUUAUCACUUUUACCUCAGGUCUCUUCAGAAUAUGGGCUCAUGCCCCAUUAUUCUUUUAUCAGGUUGACACAAAGCUCUAGCAAAUCUUGGUAAUGAUGUUUUUGCAAAUCUUGCAGCCUUUCAAAUGUAGUGUUGCUUAAACAUGGAUGUUUUGAUUGAGGAAAUUUUUAACUCCAAGCAGUUAACUCAGAUAUUAGCAAUUAAAAAGUACAUGAAAUUGUCUGGAUUGUAAACAUGUUAAAGUGAGAAUUGGUUCAGCAGCAACAUACAGUUCAGGGACUUGCACACUUGUGUAUUAGUAACACUGUAACAAUAAGACAACCGCAUGUUCGAUGGGAAACUUACUGACCAACCUGUUGGGCUUCUGUUAUUCUCUGUUUGUAUACUGCCACCUCUUGCUCUAAAUGCAGGGACUUUUUAGUUAGUUAGGUUUUUUUUAAAUAUAUAGUUUUCAUUUUCUCUCAAUAUAAACGUAAAAAGUGUGAUUGUUUGUAACUGAUCAACCACUCUAAAUGGCUUAUAAUUUAUUCACAAAAUAUUAGAAUAGCUUGAAGCUGUUGCUUCAUUGAAUAUUACAUGAAAUCGUGUCACGGAUUCACUGUCAUUAAUUAUAUUGUUCUUGCAUUGACAAUCAUCCAGCAUUACUCAAGUCACACUUUAUUUUCUAAUGUAUCUUUAAAUAAUAUAUAGACAAAGAAGCGCUUUGGGUGUAUUGAAGGGUGAAUCAUGUCUUUGUGUCCUCACCUUCUAUUGUAGCAAAUCUGAUGGUUGACUACCUCAUCUGGAAAACCCAUAUCACAGUCUACUGUUCUCAUAGCUGUUUUAUGUAGCAAUUUCUCAUGCACACAACACACAGUUUACUGUAAGAUUUUUUGAGUGAAGGAGAGUAACUUACAAAAAGAAUGGUCAUAAAUCAAGUGUAAGACAGCAGAAAAUAUCAAAGUUCAACCAUAUGUAAAUAUUGCAGUGUAUCCUAUGUAUUUAAUUGCACCCUGCUCUAUUUAAUGUUUUUCUCAUUUCUGUUGUUUCCUCUUUGGGAUGGGGAUGGAGCGGUUUGUUGUUUUGUUGUGACACAUGUUUUUUUGAUGGUGUCCUGCUUCGGAGGAACUGUUUUGUUCCUACAGUUGGGAAAGAAUUUCCCCUUUGUUAGAUACCUUCUUAAACUGAUAAUAUAUUUGGAGUUAUUUUGUUAAUGCAGUAUUUAUUAAUCAAUAUUGAUAAUUAAUAGUUUUAUUAUCACUUAAGUAACCAUGAAUGUAAACAGCUUUAAUACAGUACAACAUCAAGAGUUUAUAAUGCAUAAAAGGUAUAUUUAGAUGUCUUAUAUGAUAGAUGUGAGAAGGAAAGAUUUAAGACUGUCCUACCUUAUUCUGACACAAGUUGGUUAUCCUUUGCUUGGUAAAUAUAAUAUAUGAGGACCAAAGUCUUUUUUUUUUUUUGCAACUGCAUAUGAUAUGGCUCUUAAAAGAGCUACAGAGUACCCCUGUCCAUGAAAAUACGUUCAGUCUUUGUAUAUAUGGUUUAACACAGUAUAUAAAUGAUGACACUGGGUGUAUUUUGCAUGAUUGGACUAAAUCAUGUGCAUCAUUGGGGAGUGGGUUGUAAAGUUUCUCUUUGAGGAUGUUUUAUUGAAAACAAAUACUGGAGUGUUGGUGUGUUAGCUGUUCAGUCAUCGAUGUAUUAAGUAUAUUUACUGUGACACAGAAAUAUUACUAAACCAGUUCAAAAUCUGGUUAAUGAUUCACUAAAUAUGUAAGAUAAAAUGCCCUCGUAUUGUAGUUCGUAAUUGCCAGAUUAUUUAUGUCCCAGAUGUAUAGUAUAAGACUAUUGUGGAUGAGUUAAUGCAUCCGCAUUUGUGUGCUUGUGAAAUAUAGUGAAACUCAGUUGUAAUUUGGUUUGCUUGUGCUUGUUAGCUUGGGUAUUUACUUUCACUGGAAGAAAAAGGCAUGUAUUUUGUGUCAGUUCCUUACUGCAAUGCUAAGUGAAACAGAGAGCAAAACUCUCAGGGAUGAAACACUUACCACUACUUAUUCAGGUACUCCACUUUACUCCUUAGACCUUGCAAGCAGGGAUAUGUUAAUUAGCUUAGCAAAAAACUUGGUCAGGUUCUAGUUCCAGCAAAUGUUAUUUUUUUAAUCUCUAAAACUUAUUUUUAAAUCUCUAAAAGUAACAGUUGAGAUAUUUUGGCAUGCUGUACAAAUCACUUUGCGUUCAGAGCCAAAAAAAACAAACAAAAACAACCCUUAGUACAUCUUUUCACUGUCAUAUUCAUUUUAUACUGUUACAUAAUGAAUGUCAAUAUAACCUCAGUGCAGGUAUAAUGUUGACCAAUGGGGUAUUUAAUUCACAACUUUCUUUCCAGGUUAGUGCCUCAAGCAGCAUAGAUUAAAUAGGAAAAAAACAAAAAACUGUUUAGUGAAACACCCCAAAACUGCACCUCUGCAUGUUAACAAAAGUCAUUGUAGUCUUCUCACUUGCUGCUGAUGCUUUACAGCUUUUAGGCCUCCCACUUUUUUGAGACUAUUGUAAUAAAAAAAUAAAAAGCUGAAAUCUGUAUUUUAAAUAUUUUAAAAUCUAAAUGCUUAUAUUGUUUUGGCCAUUCCUCUAUUGGAAUAUACUGACACUAAAACCACCUGAAACUUUUACAGUUUCAAGUUUCACACGUAAGUUACCAACUUGAUCCAUGAAAUUUCACUUUGCCUCCUUUUUAUAUUGCUGGAAGCCAAAACAGAUUGGAGGCUCUAUAAUAAUAUUAACACUAGUUAAUCCACUAUUGUUGCUGUAGCUCAAACGUAAAAAAGGCAACAUUACAGAUUUCAGCAUUACAACAUAAAAACAUUAAUAGAAUGACAUUUGGCAAUGUAUUUGCAUUUAUAUUAAAGGUUAUAUAGGUAUUGUAUUACUUUGUAGUUCUCCUCUUUUUAAACACACUGGUCAACAGACCAUCAAUUUUAUUUCUGACUGUUUAUCUUGCAGUUGCCAGCACCUCUUGUGCUGCGGUAUAUGCUGUGUGAAAAGCAAUUUAUCUUUUCAAUAUUUAACUUAGCCUUGUGACAUGUCACCUCAGGAAUGAAUUCAUUUAUGGUUUCAUUUUUUAAAAUCUCUUUUUAAAAGACUACAGUGCAGCUUGGGAAGGACUUGAAGAUAAACAUUUCAUACUUACUGAAUUUUUGGGGGGGCAUAAUGUGAUAUAUGUCCUCCAAAGUCAUUAGAGAAUUUAGUCAUAGACCUGCCACACUGAUGCAUAUUCAGCCAAAAAAAAUACUGAAAAAAUAAAUAUGCCCCAACUAUUCGUACAGCUAACUGUAUGAAACUUGUAUUGGCACAACGAAAACCUCAUGCGUAUUAAUAAUGAUGAUUUUGUAUAUCUUUAGUGAUGCUUGAUUUUUCUUUUACUGGAUAGUUUGUCUUAAGUUGUUGAGCACUUGUAUCUAAAUGUCACCCUUUGCACUAGUCAUUAAGAAACUCAACAUGAGAACUUGACAAAACUGAUGUACUCAAUACUUGCCCCUAAUGUAUUUGCUAUUUCAAGUGAUUAAUGUGUUUGACUUGUUUUAAUCGAAGUGAGUACCAUUACUAAAUGUCUUGUGCAUGUAUAAUUUUUUCUUGGUGUAUACUGUAAAAAAGAAAAAAAGCACCUGUGCAACAAAGAAAAAUGUAGUAGCUGUAAUAAUGUAAUUGGUCAAGUUCACUGGAUGAAUGAUUCACUUUUAAAAAUCACUUAUUCUUCUAAUAAAUAUGCAACUAUAAACAUUGUCA